UAGCGUACAGUAGACAGUAUGUGGCGUAUAGGUACUGGCCGGUCUACUCUACAUCUACAGCGAUGAGUGGGAGUGGGAAUGGGAGGGGAGGGGAGGAGUUUGACCUUGAUUCUCUCUCACUUUGCACACUUUCCCAAAUCUCAACAAAAUUUUACAAAACCAAAAACAGUUAAUAGAAUCGAAGAGAGACAGAAAUCCAGUCGUUGGAGAUUAUUAGAUUUGGUUCGAACAGACCCAAAAAAAAAAUGCCAUCUCAAAUGAUCCUACCCAUAACAAACCUCCACCCUUCACAUUCCUUAUUGGAAAAACCAAAUUCAACUUCUGAUGAUGAUCCAAUAACAAUAACAACAACAACAACAAAUAGUCUUCUUUUUGAGGAUGAGAAAACCAUUUCCAUUAAGCCCCUUCUCCCUCGGACCUUAAGCUACACAAAUAGUACUACUACCACUACUACUACUUCCGCCACCUACUACCAGCAGCGCCGCCGCCGGAUCGCCAGUGAAAACUCUUUGUCUUCGCUCUCCUCUUCUUCCCCCGACCGCCGCAACUCCUUCGGCCACGACGUUGGCCAUGCCGCCGCCGAGACCUUCUUGAUCACCCGUUUGAGUUUGAAGCUCUUGAGAUACCUUGGGGUAGGUUACAAAUGGAUUACAAGAUUUCUGGCCCUUAGUUGUUAUUCCUUUCUACUUUUCCCAGGUUUUUUUCAAGUUGGAUAUUACUAUUUCUUCUCUAGUCAGGUCCGCAGAAGCAUAGUUUAUGGUGAUCAACCAAGGAAUAGGCUGGAUCUGUAUCUCCCCAAAAAUAAUGAUGGUCCAAAGCCAGUUAUUGCAUUUGUAACUGGUGGAGCCUGGAUUAUUGGUUACAAAGCAUGGGGUUGUCUUUUAGGACAGCAGUUAUCAGAAAGAGACAUUAUAGUGGCAUGCAUAGAUUACAGGAAUUUCCCUCAGGGAACCAUGAGUGAUAUGGUAAAGGAUGCUUCUCAAGGUAUCUCAUUUGUGUGCAACAAUAUUGCUGAAUAUGGAGGUGAUCCUGAUAGGAUUUAUCUAAUGGGACAGUCAGCUGGUGCCCAUAUUGCUGCUUGCACCCUCGUGGAGCAGGCAAUUAAUGAAGCUGGUGAAGGAGAGAGCACUUCUUGGAGUGUUUCCCAGAUAAAGGCUUAUUUUGGAUUAUCUGGAGGGUACAAUUUGUUUAAACUAGUAGACUAUUUCCAUAGUCGAGGCCUGUACCGUUCCGUCUUUUUAAGCAUAAUGGAAGGAGAAAAAUCCCUGGAACGAUUCUCUCCUGAAGUAGUGGUCCAGAACCCAAACAUUAGAAAUGCUGUUUCCCUCUUACCACCAAUUAUUUUAUUUCAUGGUACUGCAGAUUAUUCCAUACCUUCCGAUGCCAGUACAAGUUUUACUGAAACUCUUCAAAGAGUUGGGGUGAAAGCUGAAUCAAUUUUGUUUGAAGGAAAAACUCACACUGAUUUGUUUCUUCAGGAUCCAAUGAGAGGUGGUAGAGACGAGAUGUUUGAAGAUUUAGUAGGUAUCAUUCAUGCUGGUGAUGCUGAUGCCAUUGCCAAAGAUGCAGUGGCUCCUCCAAGAAGACGCCUUGUACCUGAAUUUAUGUUGCAGUUGGCUCGAAGAGUUAGUCCAUUUUAGCUAUUUUUUAUCCCUAAACUGUUAAAUGAAGAACCCAUUUUUUUGUUGAUAUGUACAUAUACUGCAGUGGUUAUUGUAUUUGGGUUACUGCAGUGGUUAUUCUCCAUCUCCCUUUUUUUUAUUUGCAGUUGUUAUGAGGUUUGUUCUUUUUCUUUAUAAUACUCAUUGAGAGAAACAGCGUUUACACAAUCA